AAUUCGAAACAUGUUUUACCGUUCGAUAAGCCGACACGCUGCCCGAUGACAAUCGAACGGUGACAGCCAGUCUGUCGUUUUCAUUCAGCCAAGACACGUAGUACUCUGCGGUCACACGUUCCCGAGUAACACAUCUGCCCGAAAGUGUCAUCCACAAUGGCCGACAACGAGAACAAUACAGUAGAAGAAUGUGAUAAUGGCAAGAAAUGUUCUAAAGACGAGAAACAUCCGAAUGACGAGGAACAUAUGAACAAUGAAGAACGUUCUGAUGACGGGGAACGUUCUGAUGACAAGGAACGUUCUGAUGACGAGGAACGUUCUGAUGACGAGGAACGUUCUGAUGACGAGGAACGUUCCGGUGAUGAAGAAGAAAAUAACGGAGGCGACAGGAGAUCAGGUCGAAAUAGACGACAAACAAUCAACGUGCCAUUGAGACGCAGAUCUGGAUAUCGUCGGGACAAAACUGGGAAAUUUCAAAAAGUCAUUCGCGACGACCACGACAUGCAAUAGAGUUUCAGCCUGGCAAUGCGAACAUAAAUAUUCGACGAGUAUUAUCGUGUCCAACAGCGAGAACAAAACGGCCAACUAAAUGACAAAUUGCGACAAUAAAUCGCAAAUUACUUCCAUUCAGUUCCUUGCCAACUUUGUAGAAAGAGAAAAUUCGUCGAGUGAAUAUUUCAUCGGAUGCUUAAAACCAAACUUGUAAGAUUAUUCAGUCUCAGAAGAAGUAAAGAGAACUGUGAAAUUGCAUUUCCUAAUUAUGUUUUCUUUCGACUUGUUUUUUAUUUUAACUGUGCACGUGAAAAUGAAAAUUCCUGUUGCAUAAAUAAAAAUGAACGUGCGAGCAAUUACUUUUGCUUAAUUCUUUGUCGACUUCGUAAGAAGAGGAAUUGCCAAUUGAAUUUUUUACUGAUUUCGCGAGUGGAGAAUUAAUGUUUAAAUUGUUUUAAUUGCGGCUGGAAUUGGAUUUCUCAAUUAAUUAUUGUAAUUAUUAUACAAUUAAUCUGUAAAUUACUUCUGUUCAAUUCUCUACCAAUUUUUGUAAACGAAAAGCGUCGCUUUUGUGCGUAGAUUUCUGAAAUCGAUUU